AUGUUUUACUUCAACGAUGCACAGGAUGGCUCGGAAGAGGAUGGUGCAAGUCUUUACAGCGAUCCUUUGGCCCUGGAGUUCGGAUUCAGUCGCGUCUUUGACGGCUCGAGCACGGAGGAUCUGGCCAAAGAGAGUCAGCUCGGCAACAUCUACGUGCGUGGCUACGAUAAGACAGGGCGACCUGCACUAUACUUCAAGCCUGGCGGAGCAGGAUUCAACGCUGAAACAGCAGGAGUCAAGUAUUUGGUCUACUGCGUGGAAAGGGCAAUUGCUUGUGUGGAGAAGCAGGCCGCCAGUGGAAAUCUUACCCUUCCUCCAGACGAUCCGGUCGGCAGAAAGUUUGUCUUGUUGGUCGAUUUCGAUGGCUUGGGCAUGAGCAGCCUGAUAACUGGAAGCAUUGUCCGCGAUCUCAUCGGGGUCAUGCAGGAUCACUACCCAGAGAGGCUGGGUGUUGCUUUCUUCGUGAACGCGCCCUGGCUCCUUCAUGGCUUCUUCACUGCGGCAAGCACUUUUCUCGACCCAGUAACAAUUGCCAAGUUCAACUUCAUCUCAGAUGACGUAGAGGGGGAGGUCUCGGGCAUGUUUGCCGUUUGGAUGCUUUUUGAAAGGGAAAGGGAGUAUUUGGCUGCGGGCUCAGUUUUGGAGCCAAGUUUGCUUGACCCCGGCCUGGAGUACGCCGAGCAGCUACGGCUGAGUGGCCUCCUAAAUGAUGAUGCAGAUGAGGAAGCGAACUCCAGCGAUUACAUGGAAUUUCUCCAUGUUUAUCGCCACUGGAAAGUUCUGAACCUGCCUCCGACGGAGCGAGCACUGGUGAGGGGACUUGCUAAACGGCUGGCCUUCUCGCUGACCCGGCAGGAAGACAAGGAGCUGCUCAUCCAAGCUUCUAUGCUGAUUCGAUACCUUCGCUCAAAGCACUGGGAUGUGACAAAGGCAGAGGCCGCAGUCUGUGCCACGGCAAAGUGGCGGCAGGAGAAUGUCUCUUGCCUUUACAUGCCCGAUGUUAAAUCCGGUCGAUGUUCAGCAGCGAUUGUGCGCGAAUGUGCACUUGGACACUUCUACAUCCGGGGCUUUGACCGUCGGCAGCGGCCCGUGGUCUAUGUGAAGUUUCGCAACCCAGACAGCGGCCAGCACCAGGAGACUCUCAAUUAUGUGGUGUAUGUCCUGGAAAGACUGCUGGCAGUGCUACAGAAAGUGUCGGAACAGAAAGUGUCGGAACAGCCUGAAGAUGGCGUUGACAACGAUUGCGCCACAAUGCUGGUCGACUUCACCGGCUAUGAGUCCAGCAACAGGCCACGGCUUUGCACGCUACGUGCAGCCCUUCAGAUCUUCCAGGACCACUACCCCGAGAUCUUCGGAGAUGUUUACUUCUAUUAUCCUCCUCAGAAGAUCGUCUGCUUCUGGAAUUGUGUUGGGCCUUUCAUAGAGCAACGUGUCCGCGACAGGGUGGUCCUUGUUACUUCACCUCCUCAGUGGCGUCAGCUUCUGACCAACACCUUCGAUGCGCAGCGGCUGGAGCGCAGCCUUGGUGGGGAGAACCAGGCAGUUUUCAGCUCCAAGAUCUUCCUGUCCAAGAAGGUCGCGGGCUCCAUCUUCGGCCACGAGUUUGACGCUCAAGCCGCGGCUCCCGACACCAUCCCGCGCGCACGGGUGAGCUUCUCCAACAUUGUGCAGCAGGUAGAGGAGUCUGGAGCCUCAACGUUGGUCCAGGAAACUGCUGAACCAGAGGGGCCACUCACAAAUCUGAUGGGUACCAUCAGCUGGCUCUUCACCUAG